CGACCACUCAAUGCAUUUCUUUUAUUCCGACGUGAUCAUCACAAAGAAAUCAGUGCACUUAAUCCGACUGUCACAUUCGGUGAACUAUCAAAACUGAUUGGACGUGCUUGGAGAUCACAAAACGAUACUACUCGAACUCGGUAUCAUGAACUAGCAGUUGAAGUUCAAAAGCAACACCAAAACCUGUAUCCUGGAUUUAAAUUUAUUCGUCGA